GAGGGUUAGUUUUCGAAGAACGACGAGCUCGAGAUUAUUGAUUUUCAAGUGGAGAUUGAAUCAGUGAUAAUGGACAAUGAGACGAAAGCAACCACCUUCAGCAAAUCAACAGGGCUUCCUAGGAAGAGAUUCUACAGAGCAAGAGCUCAUAGUAACCCACUUAGCGAUUCUCACUUCCCAAUCCCCAUAUCUCCAGCUCAUGUCGACUAUUCACUUCACUUCCCCAAAUUCGUUGAAGCUGACAACAAAUUCAUCAAGAAGGUUGAGUUUGCGGAUAUCGGAUGCGGGUUUGGUGGCCUACUAAUCUCCCUUGCGACGCUUUUCCCCGAUACGCUAAUGAUCGGUAUGGAGCUCAGAGAUAAAGUGACGGAGUACGUUAAAGAACGGAUCUUAGCUUUAAGGAGAACAAGCUCGGAGGGACAGUAUGAGAACAUCUCCGUUGUUAGGACAAACUCGAUGAAGUACAUUCCGAAUUACUUCGAGAAAGGACAGCUUUCGAAGAUGUUUUUCCUCUUCCCUGAUCCACAUUUUAAGGAGAAGAAUCAUAGGAGGAGAGUGAUUAGUACUCAUUUGUUAGAUGAGUAUGCUUAUGUUCUUAGAGCUGGUGGGAUUAUUUACACAAUCACUGAUGUAGAGGAGCUUGGAGAGUGGAUGAAGUCUUGCUUAGAGAAACAUCCGAUGUUUGAAUCUCUAACACAAGAAGAGCUUGUUUCGGAUCCUGUUGUUGAGCUUCUAUGCAGUGCUACUGAGGAAGGACAGAAAGUUGCUAGAAAUGGUGGACAGACUUUCAGAGCAGUUUUUAGACGCAUUGCAUAUGUUUCUUGAAUUCUUUAUUUCUCGUUGUAGUAAUCUUUGUUGUAACACAGCUUCUUUCUUAAUUUCAAAAUUUUGGGAUAAUAUUACAGAAGUUGAGAAAUUAUUGUUCUACAAAGCCA